AUGGAGUUAGUGUCUUGCCAUUCAAAUGUGAGAGUGGAGGAGCUCGGGGAGAUAUUGGGGAUCAAUGAUGUGGAGACACAUCUAGAGAAAAUGUUCUACAACAAUUCUUUGGAGGAUUACAAGCUGGUAUUUGAUGGUUCAUCUCAAGAAACUUGGAUUAUGAAAGGUGAAGAUGCUGCCUUGGAGGAAGAGAAAAUUAACCGCAUCAUUUUCUCAAAAGAUGAAAUGAAUCGUGCUGCAACAUUGGAGGGAUAUGAACCCCUGGAGCAGGAAGAAGAAGUUGAUAAAGCUAAUGGUGAUGUUUGCCGCAAAGUGUAUGAACUCGGUAUGGAUGGGAUCACAAACCAAUACGAGAUAGGUUAUCGCCAAUUUUAUAAUUUUGCUUUUGAGUGCGAUUUCACUCCCGUGUCUCGUUCCGGUUCCGGUUCCGAUUUUAGAAGAAGAUGA